AUGACGCUAACUCAAGAUCAGGAUACCUUUCAGACUAUUUCCGGAGACGUCAUGUCAGCAAAUUCUAGUCAUGCUGUUAACUUGACUAAAGUGGAAAUCACAGGUGCUCAAGGCUUCUCUGACGAGUUUCUCGGAUCAGCUCUUGGUCCAUUGUUGAUAACUAGUGAUCUUACUGUGGGACAACUAGUCAAACAGGCUCAAUUGUCAACAUCCUAUUUUUCUGGAACUGAAUGCUUCAAAAAUGUUGGGUUUCUAAUAGAAAAAGAUUCGGAUUAUGAUCGCACCGUCAAGUCGAUACUUAAGGAAGAAGUGCCUUUGAACUUGAAGGCCAGACUUAAUUUAGAGCCCUGCGCUUUGAAGCAGUUCCAAAUUGGUUCUUUCCACGAAUCACAACUUGGAAACAUAGUUUCUCUAAAUUAUACCGACAGAAGUGUUCUUGGAAAUGCGUCUUAUAUUAAAUUAUGUGCUGUUCUGAACCGUCUUCAGGACCAAAAUGCUCAAUCUUUCAGGGCCACGCUCAAAACCCCGAUGAGUAACUCUACAGUUAAGCUAUUUGGAAGCGCCUCGUUUGCUAAUCGGUCAUUUCCUGCAUUUCAGUCUGACCGUCAACUUUCAACUGGGGCUAAAGUAGGCUUCCUGAAAUCAUACUUUUCCAAUGCUUCUGAUUUACAAGGAAAUAUCUCUGGGGGCUUGUCUGUUGUCAAGAGGUCAAUUUUGGAUGUGGCUGAUUCCGCUAACGAUGAAAUCAAAACCUAUGCUGGCGAGUGCUUCAAGCAAUCGCUCUUCUUCAAUGUCAACGCUGGAAAGCUAUCCUAUCUUCCCUCUUCGAGGGGAGCCUUUGCAAUGCAUGGCUUCAAGUCAAGCAUGAGAAGCGAAAUUUCCGGCUAUGUACCACAGGAAGGUGGUGCAACUACUGUUGCCAGCAGUCUCCAGGACAAGUUUCACAAGGUUGAAUUUAGCUCAAAGUUCUUCCAAUCCUUAUACAACCCUAACAUCACUUUUGGCUGCGAGCUGAACGCUGGCAAUUUGACCAUUCUUUCCCCAGAGUCCGACACAAUUCAUUUUCAGGACAAAUUCUACCUUCCACUGGUCGGCUACAAAACUUUGGGUCUUGACAGAAACUCUUCUAACUUAGGAGGUCUCUCCUACCUUUCAUAUAAGCUCUCUAUUUACUCGAGGUUUUUUUUCGCCAAACCAAUCUCGCCGCUUAGAGCUUAUGUUUCUUUUACAGGUGCUAAGCUUUCCCGAUCAUAUAACGACUUUAUGUCUUCUCCUACAGCAGGCUUUAAAUCCACCGCCUCUUUAGGGAUGCUCUACAAAGUGGGAGACUUUGCUUAUUGCAACGUGGGUUACAAUUGGCCGUUGGAUGAUCGCGACCCCGAAUCACUGAGGCCAGGCAUGGCUUUCAGCGUAUCUUUAUACGGCGAUUAUUGA